AUAAAGUUGUACACCAAGCAUGGGACUUUGAAAUAUCAGACAGACUGUGCUCCUAACAACGGCUACUUUAUGAUCCCCUUGUAUGAUAAGGGGGAUUUCAUCCUGAAGAUUGAGCCUCCCCUGGGCUGGAGUUUUGAGCCAACCAGUGUGGAUCUGCACGUGGAUGGUGUCAGUGACAUCUGCACGCAGGGUGGAGACAUCAACUUUGUCUUCACUGGCUUCUCUGUGAAUGGAAAGGUCCUCAGCAAAGGGCAGCCACUGGGCCCUGCAGGAGUUCAGGUGUCCAUGAGAAGCACAGGCACUGAUGCGAAGAUCCAGUCCACAGUCACACAGCCUGGUGGAAAGUUUGCAUUUUUUAAAGUUCUUCCUGGAGAUUAUGAAAUCCUUGCAACUCAUCCAACCUGGGCGCUGAAGGAGGCAAGUACCACGGUACGGGUGACAAAUUCCAACGCUAACGCAGCUGGUCCCCUAAUAGUGGAUGGCUAUAAUGUAUCUGGCUCUGUCCGCAGUGACGGGGAGCCCAUGAAAGGGGUGAAGUUUCUUCUCUUUUCUUCUUUAGUGAACAAAGAGGAUGUCCUGGGCUGCAAUGUGUCCCCAGUGUCCGGGUUCCAGCCCCCAGAUGAGAGCCUGGUUUAUCUGUGCUAUGCGGUCUCCAAAGAAGAUGGCUCAUUUUCUUUCUAUUCCUUGCCGAGCGGGGGCUACACUGUGGUGCCGUUCUACAGAGGGGAGAGGAUCACCUUUGAUGUGGCACCUUCCAGGCUUGACUUCACCGUGGAGCAUGACAGCCUGAGAAUCGAGCCCGUGUUCCACGUCAUGGGUUUCUCUGUCACUGGGAGGGUCUUGAAUGGACCUGAAGGAGAAGGUGUUCCGGAGGCUGUGGUCACUCUGAACAACCAGAUUAAAGUCAAAACGAAAGGUGAUGGCUCCUUCCGCCUAGAGAACAUAACAACAGGGACAUACACCAUCCAUGCUCAGAAGGAGCAUCUCUACUUUGAGAUGGUCACCAUCAAAAUUGCACCCAACACCCCGCAGCUGGCUGACCUCGUUGCUACAGGGUUCAGCAUCUGUGGCCAGAUAUCCAUCAUCCGCUCUCCUGAUACCAUCAAGCAGAUGAAUAAAUACAAAGUGGUUCUGUCCUCUCAAGACAAGGACAAAUCUCUGGUCACCGUGGAGACAGAUACUCAUGGAGCAUUUUGCUUUAAAGCGAAACCAGGGUCCUACAAAGUCCAGGUGGUGGUGCCUGAGGCUGAGACCAGAGCGGGGCUGAUGUUGAAACCACAGACAUUUCCUCUCACCGUGACCAACAGGCCUGUGAUGGAUGUGGCCUUUGUGCAGUUUUUGGCAUCUGUUUCUGGAAAAGUCUCCUGCUUGGACACCUGCGGUGACCUGUUGGUAACCCUGCAGUCACUGAGCCGCCAGGGUGAGAAACGUAGCCUCCAGCUCUCUGGCAAGGUCAACUCCAUGACCUUCACAUUUGACAAAGUGCUACCUGGGAAAUACAAAAUAAGCAUUAUGCAUGAGGACUGGUGCUGGAGGAACAAGAGUCUGGAGGUGGAAGUUCUAGAGGAUGAUGUGUCUUCGGUGGAGUUCAGGCAAACGGGCUACAUGCUGCGGUGUGCACUCUCACACGCCAUCACUCUGGAGUUUCAUCAGGACGGAAAUGGCCCUGAGAAUGUGGGGAUUUACAACCUCUCCAGAGGAGUCAACCGUUUCUGCCUGUCCAAACCAGGGGUGUACAAAGUGACCUUUAACUCCUGCCACCGGUUUGAGCAGGCCUUCUACACCUAUGACAC